AUGACCGAUCUAAGAGCGAUGUUCACUCGGCUUAGCCUAUUCGAUGACGGAGGUCUGUUAGCAGAACUUCAAGUUAAGCCGACAUGGAUUGAGCAGGUUCGACGCAAACAGUUGGGGGAUAAGUCUCUUGAGUUGCGCUUUCAUCAGGUUGAGAGUGGUGAUACUAUUGAUUUUGGGAUAAACAGUGAUUGGGUACUUUGUUUUCGCGGUCGGAUUUGUGUACCGAGUGAUGAGGAUUUAAGACGGUCGAUUUUGAAGGAGGCGCAUAGUAGCAAUUAUGCUAUGCAUCCUGGUGGGAACAAAAUGUAUCGAGAUCUUCGAGAGUUGUGCAAGGUUAGACCUCAAUACUACGUUUCAUCAUUAAAUGAUGAUCAAUCUAAAAGGGUGAUUCAAAUACUGGAGGAUAUUUUGAGGAGAUGUGUUAUUGAGUUCCGAGGUAGUUGGGAGGACUAUCUACCAUUAGUGGAGUUUGCCUACAAUAAUAGCUUCAAGUCUAGCAUUCAGCUGGCACCUUACGAGGCACUAUAUGGCCAUAAGUGUCAGACUCCUUUGUGUUGGAUUGCGUUGGGCAAGGGGCGUGUUUUAAGUCCUAAGUUAGUUUCUGAGAAUGAGGAUAAGGUCAGACUGAUUCGGGAUCGUCUGAAAGUGGCUUCUGACAGGCAAAAGUCUUAUGUUGAUCUGAACUAUCGCGAGAUCGAGUAUUCUGUGGGGGACUUCGUGUUUCUAAAGAUCUCACCAUGA